UUUCGCCAAGAAAGUUAACCCAAACUUUUAACAAAGCUUUCUUGUGUAUUCGUCGCUGGAUAUCAUUGCUGCACCCAGCAAGCAAGAGGCAUUAUGCUUUCCUUCAAGGUCUCUUACGAGGAUACUCUGCGACGCUUUACGUUUGCCGCGCCACCAAGCUGGUCUGCACUGGAAGAUAGGAUUCGCACACUCUUUUCCAUUUCGCCGUCACUGGGUAUCAAGGUCUUUUGGAAAGAUGAAGACGGGGACGAGGUCCUUGUUGACCGGGAUGAUGAAAUAUUGGAUAUAUCUGCAAAGGGGCAUUUAGUAAAGCUUUGGGUUGUGGCAAGGGAAGAUAAAGGCAAAGAACCUGUUAAUGAAUCCGCUGUAUGGGCUGAGUUGGAGGAGCGGUAUGCUCGGGAUCUGGAUGAGACUGGUCGGUAUGUGGGUGAGACUGGUAUUGAGUCUUCUGGAGCAAAAAAAGAUAAAGGCAAAAAACCUGCAGUUCCAUUGGCUGGUUUGGAGGAUCGGUAUACUGAAUGGGAAUUUGAUCUGAAAGAGGACCUUGAUGUUGACGAAACCCUUUAUGCCAAUGAAGCUGGCGUUGGCGGGACCAAUGAAGAUUGCGUCGACAAGACCGUUUGUACCGAGGAAGAUACGUCCGCUAUCGAGAAAGCCCAUGUGAAAUCAAAUGUGGAUGUUGAUGAUCAUCCUCAAGCCAGUAUUCCGGAAGUAGGACAUUCCCUUAUUGAUAUCGAUGUGGAGGCCUAUUCUGUGGCGGAUGCGACCACAGAACAGGUCAAGUGCUUGUCGCCUCCGCCUAGCGAAGUUCUUAUGUCAAAUGUGGACUCUUGGGACUCGGAUUCUUCAAAGCAAGAUACCGUAUCACCACCACCACCCAUCCUAGAGCGUCCCUUUGAUUUGUCUCCGGCCAAUCUCAAAGCGUUUGCAAAGUGUGUUCGACUGGGAGAAAAUCCUAUGGAGCUACGUGCCAGUUGCCAAUCUUUGCAAAGUUCCGCUUCAUCUUCGAGUACAUACUGGAGGGCGUCGUCGCCCUUUGAUGGCUCUGCGAAUACUGUACGUUCCAAUAUGCAAGCUUUGGAAAGUUCGCCUUCAUGGUUGAGUACAUACUUGAGGGAGGCGUCGACCGCUAAUGGCUCCGCGAAUACUGGCCGACCAGAGGAAAAUGAAACCGAGCAAAUACGAGUCAAUCCUGCACCAGCAACCUCGAAUGCAGAGAUCAGAUUCGGGUGUGAUACGGCCAUGACGAGUACUCGGCGUGCUCGCUUGGCCGAUGUUGAUCAGACGGAAGAGAAACCUCUGUCUGCGUUACCCGUUGUUUCUAACGGAGUUGAUGUACCGUCUGCAGAUCGCCAGCAGUCGGUGCAGGUUGCUGAAGCGCCCUGUCCUCCUGUGCGUGAACAUCCACAAGGACCUCGACACCCUGAACACCCGUUCGGUCUGCAUCGUCGGUCAACAAUGCAAACCUCCGGGGCAUAUGCGGCCGGAACACGACGUCGCCAUUCUCAACUUCGUCAUCGAAUGUCACUUCCGUCGCAACCCCAGCAUUACUGGAACUUUUCCUAUUUUCCUCCUCCACCUCCUCCACCGCCACCUCACCCUCCCGUUCAUCAUCAUUCCUAUGCGACGAUGCCCCUCCCCAGGCCUCCGAAUCCCCCCAGAUUUCAUCCCCCGAGUAUGCCCAGGCCUUCACCUCCACCUCCGCGCCCUCCCACUCUGCCAGGACCUUUCGCGCCGACCGAACCGAUUAUCAGCACACCGAUCGUGGAAAGAAACAAUCCUCAAAACCAGCCAACCACGUACACAGCCGAAAAUUUGUUGACCCACCUUCGCCAGAUGCGCAAUAUGGGGUUUGAUGAUUUGUUGGUCAGUGCAGAGGUUUUGGUUGAGUGUCGUGGAAAUAUUGAUGACGCGGUGGGCAUUUUGACUGGUGAAUAAAGUUUUGGGGAAGACUCGUAUGGUUGGCUUUUGAAGUGACUAGUGUAGCUUGCUUACUGCAAUAUGAUGGAUAUUGUAUGAUCGUGUUUAGAAAAUGUCGGCAUUGUUU